AUAGUCGUUGAAUAUCGUGGCAUAAGAAGAUGGCGCUGCCUAACAAAAAUAAGUACAGCGUCCUUCUCCCAACAUAUAACGAAAGAGAAAACCUUCCUCUGAUAAUUUGGCUGCUCGUCAAGUCGUUCACAGAGAGCAAGCAUGACUAUGAGAUCAUCAUUAUUGAUGAUGGAAGCCCAGAUGGUACACUAGAGGUUGCUAAGCAACUGGAAAAAAUCUAUGGAAAGGAUAAAAUUGUUUUGAGACCACGAGAAAAGAAGCUUGGGUUAGGCACUGCUUACAUACAUGGUAUCAAGCAUGCAACGGGUAACUUCAUCAUCAUCAUGGAUGCCGAUUUGUCACAUCAUCCCAAGUUUAUCCCUGAAUUUAUAAAAAAACAACAAGAGAGAGAUUAUGAUGUUGUAUCAGGCACUCGCUACGCUGGCUCAGGAGGUGUUUAUGGAUGGGACUUCAAGAGAAAACUGAUAAGUCGGGGAGCAAAUUACUUGACACAGAUCCUUCUUAGACCCGGUGCAACUGACCUUACAGGAAGUUUCAGGUUAUACAAAAAGCCUAUUCUACAGAGACUGAUUGAGGCCUGUGUCUCCAAAGGCUACGUCUUCCAAAUGGAGAUGAUCGUGAGGGCGCGACAGUUCAACUACAGCAUAGGAGAGGUUCCAAUCACCUUUGUCGACCGUGUAUAUGGGGAAUCCAAGCUUGGCGGAAAUGAGAUCAUUGGCUUUGCCAAGGGUUUGCUGAUGCUGUUUGCAACAACAUAGGUCUUGGAUCAUCCUCUGCAGAGUUUGUACACAUUCUUCCUGGACUGUGACAAUGGAAUAAUCUGCUCCGUGGAGUAGUAUCCUGCAUAAAUUGUCAGUGUGCUCAUGUGUUGUGGAAUAUUUGGAGGACUGAGAGCUUUGGCCACCUUUAUCGUGUUAUAAGGGGUUAAUGUGGUUUCAUUACCAAAAAGAUUAAGGACUUGGGUCAGGAGGGCUUGUCUUGGGCAGUGGAGGGACCCAAAGGGGAUGAAGGUGUCUUAUAGGGACCAUUCCAUCGCACACUACAUGUCUUGUCUUGGCUAUUUUGGCAGCCUUAUGUUUGGGGUAGUGGAGAGAAAGAAGACACUAUGGAUUGAAACAUGCCCCCAGUCCCUCUUACCCUGGUUACAUCACCUUUUUGAAGCAAUGAAAAGCCACCUGGCUUCCCACUUAAUUCUCCUCUGCCUAAUCAGUCAACUGUUCCUCUCACUGAUGUAAAGAUUUUCUUCACAAGAAGGUGUAAUUGUAUGUCAAAUCUAUCAACAGUCAUUUUGACCCAUUUCUCACGUAAUUUCUAAACAAUUGUCUCUACCACUUUACAUUUUAAUUAUUGUUCAGUCAAGGAGAAAUGCUCUUAUUUCUUCAAGGUUCAGUGGAUAAGAAUAAUACGCUCAUGGUCAGAAACCGUCUGGGAAAACAACUGUACAUCCCUACUGGAUAGACCACACUUACUGUAACAUUUAAUUGUCAUGAUAUUUUUUAAGUACAUGUAGUGAAAAUUACCCCCACCCCCAUUGUCCAUGUAGCCCUACUACUAGGGUAUCUGUCUCCAUUUUUUUCCUUUAAUUAAAAGCUCUACAGCCAAACUAAUCUGAAAACUUCAUUUGAAAUUGUGCCAAAUGGAGAAAUAAAAUGCACUUAACAAGCCAAAUUUGAA